ACCGCCUUCCUCGGAGCAAACAUGGCGGCUGCCAUGGAGCUACGAUGCUGGGGAGGCGACUGGGGUCUGCCGUCGGUCCACAGCGAGUCGCUCGUCGUCCUGGCAUAUGCCAAAUUUUCUGGGGCCAAAGUGAACAUUUCUCCUAUAGACUGGACAUGGAAAACUCUGACAGCAACAGUGCCUGAGCUGGUUUGUGGCGACACGUCAGUGAAAGAGCCCUCACAGAUUCUCAACUUCCUGCGAAAGCAGAGGUUUAAUGCCGACUAUGAGCUGACUGCCCGUCAAGGAGCUGACACCAUGGCGUACAUUGCUCUCCUCCAGGAGAAACUUCAACCUGCAUUGUUGCACACUUUCUGGUUGGAUGCAGAAAACUACGCCAAUCUGACACGACCGUGGUUUGCCUCCCGUUCGCCGUUCCCCCUGAAUUUCCUCGUGCCCGGUCGUCAUGCCGACAGCGCCCGCUCCCGCAUCCUGCUGACCAAAGGAGGGUCGCGGCAAUCCAGAAUCACGGAGCUGGAAGGAAAGCUGUACAGUGAUGCUAAGGAGUGCCUGAAUCUCCUCUCCUACAGACUGGGAGCAGCAAGCUACUUCUUUGGAAACUUACCCACCAGCCUGGAUGCUUUUGUGUUUGGUUUUGUGGCUCCGCUCCACAAGGCCCACCUCCCCAACAGCCCCCUGCAGAGCCACCUCAGACAGCUGGAGAACGUCACGCACUUCUGCGACAACAUCCUGGCGGGCUAUUUCAGCUCCGCACACCCGUGUUUUCCCCCAUCUGUUCAGGAAACAAUGGAUGCCAACCUCCAGAAACUAACUCAGCUUGUAAACAAAGAGUCCAACUUGAUAGAAAAGAUGGAUGACAACCUUCGCAGCAGCCCUCAGCACAAACCUCACCGGCCAGAGCCCAAACCCAGUCUGCUCGUGGAAAAAAGCUCAAUGCCUGCCUAACCCGUGACCUCUGACCCUUCCCCCAUAAUCCCGCCUUCUGAACGGAGGGAAGACCACCUUGUAGAUGAUUUAUUGAGCGUCAUCAAACGUGAACCACAACGUAACUGACCGUGUCUGUAAAAGCAAUUUGAAAGUAAUGAUGAUGGCUUUCAAAGAUGUCUGUGCGAAAGAGAAGAAAGUAUGGCAUAUGGUCUUUAAAAAAAGAAAGGUAGAAACCUCACGCACGAUGGCAGUUAAUGAUAGAAUGGAAUUCUAAAGUGGUACUAUAUGGGGAAGACAGAACGUUCAAAUGAAAGUCAAAGGGAAAAGAAAAUGAAUAGUCCUGCAGAGAACGUAAACGGUGCUGCUUUGACACUUUGUUUCUCCAGAAGGGAAUUUGACUUUUAUUUGUUCGACCCUACAGAUGACGGACAUCUGUCGUUGCAACAAGGCUUGAGACCAGGGCUGGGCAAAGUAUGGUGCCCAGCGCUACAUUCUUUAAUUCGACCCACCGAGCAUUCAGAUGAUCAAAAAUCCUGUGAAAUCCAUCCAUCCAUUGUCUAGAGUACGUAUCCUUUUUGGAGUGGCAGCCGGCUAGCACGAGCCUAUCGGCAGUCAAUCACAUAGAAGCGGACAACCAUUCACAGUCACUUUUACACCGUCACUGAGUGGGAAGGGAACCAGACAGUCCGUCAAGUAAACAAAUAUACUGUACCACCAGUGACUUGUUCUGUCAUAUGUUUUGCAUUAAUUUAGCUGAUUCCACCCCCACCCCCAAAAUUGGUCAAAAUGUUUAUUUUUUAUUAAAUUCAUUUAUCUCAAAUAAUUGUGUCAAUACUACAAUAACCAAGAGUGAAACAAAACAUUUUAUUGAUGCAUUAUUUUUUUACUUAUUUGAAAUCUAAACAAUUAAAUAUUUUCAAAUACACCUUACUUUUUUUUAAUUGUAGUUUUGUUCCCCUCAUCUAAAUGACCUGGCGUGUCCGCCCCUUUCAAAAAUCUAAUAUUGUGAGCACAGACGUUUGCACCCUUGCUUUUAGCCGUUUAAAAAUACAAGACAAAAUGUCCUGUAAAGUGAGGUGUCAUUUCCGUUCUGCAUGCAACCCUGAUUGUCGGAGAGCCCCUUCCACUUUUGGGAAUCUUGUAUAAUUGUAAAUAGAAUCUUAGGGAGAAAGAAAAAAAAAACGCUAAAUGCAGUUUGCUCGAUAUACUGGUUCAGUUUAUCACUGUAACAUGGUUGGGAAUGAGGUGCUGUGGCGAUUUAAUGUAAUAGUAAUACGUGCUGAAUUUUCCUAGUAUCUCCUCAUGAUCUAAAACCUGUGUCUUCAUUGAAGGCUGUUAAGAGUGGCCAUGCUGGAAUCGAACCCGGGACCUUCUUGCUGUGAAGCAGCAGUGCUAAACACUCUGCUAUGUGUUUUAAUGCCAGUCGUUAUUGUUAGCUGUUCCUGCAUUAUGUAACUAUCACUUGUUUUACCCAAUCUUGAAAUGUUUUUUGUUGGUUGUUUUUGAAUUGUUUUUCCUCCCUUGUAUUUCCUUUUUUUUUUUAUGUUUUAUUUUAAACGAGUGUUUUAGACGCUACGAAAUAUACUAAUCACCACUGAUGCAUUCCUUUCAAUGCAACAUAUAUUGAAAGAACUUAUUUAUUUCCUGUGUGCAGACUUGUGAGGACAACUACUGGUAUAUGCUUUGCUUUGUGUGCCUUCGCUUCUUCAUUAUAUCUUCAUUUGUGGUCCCUAACGACAUCUGCAGCUACUGUUAAUGCACUUUGAAUGGAAGGUAACAACUCUUCAAAUGAAAUAUGAAUAAAAUACAAUAACAAUGACGUGUUGUUAUUUUAAGUUAGAUUUAAUCACAUCCGUUAUUAUAUGGCAAACUGUCUGCUUUCAGUCUUUUCAACUAAGCCACUGCAGCUUGCCUGCUCACAGUGGUUGGCCAGUUUACAGCAUGGCUGGUCAUGCCUUUC